UCUCGUGGCCGUGGGGCGCGUGGGGCCGCGUCCAGGAGACCGAGGCCCUAACGUUCGCGCGUUCUGAAGCCACCGUCUCGGGCUGGGGCCGCGGGCGCACUGUGCUGCCGGAGAGCCGAAAGCUCUGCCUGCUGCCAGAGGGGGCCGAAGGGCCUGGUCGAGGCCUGCACGGCCUGGCGGCCUCGCGCACACGAUCUGCGUCAGCGGGCGGAGCGGGGACCGGGCCUCGCGGGCUCUACUCCCUGCUUUUCUAGGGACCCUGUUACUUGGUGACCACAAUGAAAAUUGGGAACCAAGAUGAUCUGGUAACGGGCACACUUCCUAAGCGCAAGAGCUCCAAAGAAUGGUUGGAACCACAGUCGCUUUCUUUUAUGGAGGCUUUAGCUAAAGAAGAUACUGAUGCAGCUGUUCAAUCAAUUUUAUACAGAGAAAAUUAUGUAAUAAAGGAAUUAGACAAGUAUUUAAAUCAUUAUGAAUUCUUAAAUGAAAGAAGAAAAGAAAUGUUGUAUAAAAAAUGGGUUGAGCGUGUGGAAGAUCCUCUACAGAAGAAAAUUAGAGAAAAAGUUUCUUCACAUAAGAAGAUUAAAAAGAGGAGACGACAAGAAUUAGAGAAUUUUUUGAGAUAUGUUAAUAAGAAGGAAAAUGUGUUUAUAGAGCAUUAUGAUCCAAAAGAAUAUGACCCUUUUUAUAUGAACAAAGAGGACCCCAAUUUUCUGAAGGUUAUCAUGCCGCCAGUUCGUGACCCUUUGAAGAAAGCUCAAUAUGACAAGGAUGAUGAGAAGCGAACUCUUCUUCAGUGUGAGACUGGCAAAAUCUAUACAAUGAAAGAAUUUAAAGAGAUCGAGAAGGCCCAAUUGCAGUCCAGGUUCCCGAGUAUUUCUAAUUCAAGGCAAUGCAUGACUCCAAAUGAAUGGCUUAAAGUGCCCAUGAGAUAUAUAGAGAGUGAAUUUUGUAAAAAGAGCAGGGUCAAAGUAAAGGUGAAUUUUAAUGCUGGUAGUUUUGAUUUGAAUCCACUGAGAAGGGUGCCUGAUAUUCUGGAAUUCCAGGAGAAAGAAAAGGCAGUCAGUUACAAAAACAAAGGACUUUCCUCUCUGGACAGUGAAGAUCUGUGUCUCCAGGAGGGAAAAAACCCAAGUUCUAAAGGGAUCAGUGCUGAAGGUCGCCAUUCUUCUGCAGCCCUCUGCCAGGAGGUAGAAAGGAACGGGGACCAGGAUGCGGUAUUAGCUCGAGAAGACAUCGAUGAAGCUGUGCAUGCAAUAUUGUUCCGAGAAAACUACAUCGUGAAGAGAAUGGAUACAUACAUUCAGCAUCAGGCUGUUUUUAAGGAAAGAAGAAAAGAGAUGUUACAUAAGAAAUGGGUUGAAAAUGUAGCGCGGCCUCUUCAGCAGAGAAUUAUAGAAAAAGUGAUUUCAUAUAGAAGACCCGGACAAAGUCAAGUGAAAUAUGAAUACUGCGUAAAGCACACGGAUAAACCGACAAAAGCCUCUCCAAUGUGUGAGUGUCUGUUCAGAAGACAGCAAGAGCUCCAAGAAGCUAAAGGAACCCGCUACCAACACCGCACAGGGAAACAGAACGACAUGCAAAAAGAACCUAAAGGAACCAAGAAGGCUCCCCUCUUCAGCAAAUCACCCAAGUUCAUGCUCACUUCCCAUGGCAUCGUUCCCAAAGAGAGGCAGAGAGCCUCUGCCCAGCCUGUGUGGAAUAAGCCCAGUCUGUGCAGUUCUGAAAAGCUUGUCUGUACAUCCAAGUCACAUCUGCCUCAGGAAGAGAAGACCUGCAACAUAAGCCAGAUUGUCUUUGAAAGGCAGUUCCAUUCCUCUAAGCUCAGCCCGAGGAAGAAAGAGGCUGAGAAGAAGGGUCCGGCUUCAGGGACCCGACCACAGAGACCACGUUCCUGGGCAGCAGCAGACAGCCACCAUUCUCAGGGGCCACCUGCUGUGGAAAGAAGGGUGAUGACCGCAGAGCUCCUGGGGAAGCACCUGGCCUCCCUGCAGGGGGCAGCCAGGUCGGGCCUCCAGUGGGCAUAGAGCUUCCUGCCUUCACACUGCACAGACGUUUAAGACACUGAGAACGCAGCUUCUCUCUAGGUAGGAAGCGGUUGCAGGAACGACCUGAGGAACAGCAGUUAGUUUUCUAAGCCCUGGCUAGGAACUAGGAAGUGUGUGUGUUGUUUUCGUUUCACUGAAAACACUUGACAGCCAGACAGCUUGAGCAUCUCCUAGCACCUGGUGCUCAGUGGGGCUCUGCGCCUGGCCUGGGGCCAGUCCCCAGUCAGAGAAUACCAGGGCUUUAUUCAAGUUCAGUCCUGCUUGCACUCCAGGGUGCGACUACCUCACAGACACUCAGGCCUGGCAGUGGGGGUUAAGUUGCUCAGAGGGAGGAUGCUCUACCAUUGUGUGAGGCCCCCGGGGGGUGGGGGGGCACUGAAGGGGUU